CUAUUAAUCUGUGGUUCUGUGACCCAGAGCCCUCCAUCCGCCAUCUCCAUCCAUCCACGGACUUUGCUGCUAUACCUAUCUAUUUUUCUGUUAAUCCUUAACCUCAAAUGUGUGAUUAAAAUUUUGCUUAAAAGAAUUAAAGUGUGUCAAUAUAACCACAAACUGUACCGGUUGACGACACGUUAAACUCAAAAAAAUAAAAAAAAUUAAAAUUUUGCUAUUUACAUAUAGUAUAAUUAUAUUAUGAUACAUAUGUAUCACAUGUUUGAUCAUCAUGGCUAAAAAUCAUAAGCGUUCGAAACGUUUAAAAUCAGAAAAAGCAAAAAUAAAAUUAAAAACUAAAAAUUCUAUCAAUCAGUUACCAAAGGGCUUAAAUGCUACAGAUACAUCAUUUAAAAUAAAGAAAAUUUUAAUACGUGAACAAUUACAACAUCGAGAUGAAACAGAAGUUCUCAGUAUUCGCAAACUCAAUAUUAAAGAUCUCUUCACGCGUCUUCGACAUCAUAAUUCGACAGUAAGAGAAGAAACUUUAAAGCAACUAAAAGACAUCUUAUUACGAUACCCUCCAAAAACUCUGCACUCACAAUUGAAUUCUUUAUUACGCGGUGUUGCAGCUUUAUCUCUUGAUAAAGAUAAAGAUGUACGAAGGGAUUCGUUACACGCAUUGAAUUUAAUUCUUGCUCCUAUCUCUAACGAACAAUUGAUACCCUAUCGUGAUAUUUUGAUCUCUUACUUGAGCUGUGCUAUGACGCAUAUUGAUUUGCAUAUAAAAGAGGACUCUUUACUUUUCUUGGAUAUACUCAUGGAAAAUUGUAGCAGUAUAUUAGCAAAGGAUAGUCAUAAAAUUUUACUCAAUUUUUUGGGCAUGAUAUGUAAAUUACACAGUGAAAUUAAACCUGGCAGACAAUUAACAACAAAUUUAAAUUCUAAAAGUACUAGUAUUAAAUGGAGAAUUAAGGUUUUGAAACGUGUAGCUAAUGUGUUUAUCUCUAUAGUAAACUAUGAAAAGCUUUGUACAAAUAUGCGCUUGAGAUCAUAUUCCACGAUGAUUAUAAAAGCAGAGAGAUAUACAAAGUAUGUUCCCAUUUACAGUGGUAGGUCCACUCAAGUUUGUAAACUUGACCUUGAUAAAGACCUAAGCUCGGAAAAAAGUUAUGCAGAAGAAAACUUAUCGAUAGAAGAAUUUAUAAAAUAUGUAGAUCUAUUGAUGCCAUUGAUGUUUGAUAUAUGGCUCGAAGUAUAUCCAGAGGAAAAAAAUGAAAAUUUUACAGAGACUGUAAUUUCCAACGAAGCGGCCGCAUUAUUGAAAAAUAUCAUUGAAAUUCUAGACUCUAUAAUCGAAUAUAUCGAUAUGUUAGAUUGCAAUGACUACGACGCCGAGCAUAUAAAAUAUUGGUUCAAAGAUUCGUUUCAUAAUAUGUUUAUGAAGAAUUUUCUAUCAAGAUUUCCAUACAGUAUAAUGAAACAGCUCACUAAUAAAUCCAGGAAACGUCAAGAAGAUUUUUCUCAGAUAGUAUUUACCGAAGGAUGUUUAGAACAUAACUUGAUGCUUUCUCGGAUUCAUAUAUGGUUUACAUCUAUAAAUAGCUACAAUAAACAGCUUUCUAAGUCUACUAAAGACUAUUGUGUAUCUAUUAUAAAUUAUUUAAAUGAUAUCAUUGAAAAUUGGUGCGACUCAUCUGCGUUACUGUUAUUAACCAAGCUUUUAAGGACUUUAUUUCUAAAAGCGAGUUCAGUUUGGUAUGCAAACUGCAUUAAUUUAAGCCACACCUUACAAUUAAUUGUAGAAACGUCUUCUCGCCUACCUAAACAAGAACUACAGUCGCAAUUAUUUCUGAUUAUUGGUGAUAUUAUAUUGGAAUGCAAUUUAAAUGAGCUACACAGAGAAGAGAUAUUCAAAAAUUUUGUUAUAUCCUUACCAAACUUUCUUCUGAGGCCAAACAUUGAAGAUGUAAUGAUUCACAUGAUUAGUCAGAUAGUUUUACGUUUUAAGGAAUGGAUACGGAAAGAAUUAAUAUCAAAACACAAGGCUAUUAUUGAAAAUGCCAAGAAAAUUGACAUUAUUGGUUCACACAAUGAUAAGGAAUCUAGACUUAUAAUUUAUAAUCUAUUUUACUUUAUGGAUUCGCAAAUUUACUAUUAAAUAAUAUUAUAUAAUACUAUUAAAACAACUCGAGUAAUUUGUUAAAUUACAAGAGAAAUAUUUUUUAAAACAAAUCUUAAUAAAUAUGAAACUACAUUGCAUGUGAA